UUAUAAAUGAAUUGCUUUAAUAAUGGGAGAUUUUGCUGCAAUAUGGUCAGACUUGCUGAAAAUAUUUCCAAUUUUAAAUGGCGAAGUUACGUAUCCGCUGCAAGAAAUUGACAAAGAGGUCUUUGAAAAUGUUUACCGGCAUCUAAAUAAUUUGGGAAGCUUUGAAACAUUUACUGCAAUUUUGGAUUUAGAAGUGGAAUCAACAAUUCGAAAUGUCCUUGCACCUAAAUUUUGGAAACAUUUAUCAUCUGAUUGUGAGCUAAAGGACAAAAAUGACCAAGCUUUGACCAUCGCCGAAAUUACAGCUAAGGAUGGAAUGUUUGCCAAAUUUAUUGAUGCAGUUAACGAGUUGUAUGAUGGAUAUCAAUGCAUUCUGCAGAUGAAACCACGCCUAAUGAGUCUGAAUGAUUGCGCUGUUUCGUCGUCAAAUGUGGAGCAUAUUAAAUCCACUUUACGGAAUGCAUUGCUAGCGCGAUUACCGCCAACAUUUAAUAGCUAUGUUAGCGACUUUUACUGCGUCCAUUAUCGCCUAUUUACCAAGGACUCGAUUCUAGCAUCGACGACAAUCGAUUCGGAAGUAUUUAGUGAACUUCCAUGUGGUGGCUGCAAUUACGAUCAUGACCAAUGUUGUUGCCAAAAGCUUACAGAAAUGGUGAAUUCGACAAAUAGGAAAUUGCUGGAGAUGCGAUUAAUAGAUCGUUUGGCAGGAAGUGCGUUGACAGCAUUAAUUAAACUCAAGAUCAAGGAACACAUCAACGACACGUGCCUGGGAAUCUUUGAUAGAAGCCAUUUAAAGCAGCUCGAAACGUGGAUCAACGAUGUGGUUAUGACUUGGCUAACAAGCAUAUUUACAGAAUGGAGAUCGGGGGAUGAAAUGUCUGAGGAACAAAUUCCCGAAUCCGUGCAAGCAUUCAAAGUGAAAUUGACAUAUUUCAUGUAUGAAACUUUUGCACAAAACGUCAUUAGCCAGUUUUUCAGCAUAAUCAUUGACUACCCAGAUUCUACACCCGCCAUAGAGGACUUGAAGAUUUGUAUGGAAAAGAUAGAUAUGAGAAUUUAUUUGACUGAAUCAUUGAGAAGUGCAUUGGAGGCAAGAAUCUUGCACCCCGGAGUUAACACUAUGGAUAUUUUAACAGGAUAUGUAGCUGCAAUUAAAGCUAUUCGCCAUCUGGAUAACACUGGAGUGAUAUUAGAAAUAGUUACGGCUCCGAUUAAGGAUUACUUGCGUAAACGCAACGAUACGGUCAGACGAGUGGUAACUGGACUUACAGAAGAAGGACCGACGGAUCUCUCCGAAGAAUUGGCAAAGGGGGAAUUCAUUAAAGAUGGCAAAGAAUCUGGUCUAAACGAAUAUAGCAAUUGGGAAAAUUGGGAACCAGAUCCAUUUGGUAUUGAUCCUGAUGUUUUGCAGGUAAAUAGUUCGAAAAUAAUUCGAUCUGCCGAUAUUAUAUCCAUGGUGGUUGAUAUAUAUGGAAGUAAAGAGCUAUUUAUGGUUGAGUAUCGUAAUUUAAUGGCCGAUCGACUAUUAUCGCAGCUUGAUUUUAACUCAGAAAAAGAGAUUCGAAAUCUUGAAUUGCUAAAAAUUCGAUUUGGUGAAUCACUUUUACAUAGCUGUGAGGUAAUGUUGAAAGAUGUUACCGAUUCAAAGCGAAUUAACUCGCACAUCCAUGGAGACAGCACCUUUAACGAGAGUCCCUUGUUUGAUAUAUCAUCAUUGAUAAUCUCUGCACAAUUCUGGCCUUCAUUCAAUAAGGAGAGCUUACAGUUGCCAGAGGAGCUAGAAAAUGAAUUUAAAAAGUUCACAAAAGCAUAUGAAUCCUACAAGGGAAACCGCACCCUUAAUUGGCGCACAGUCACAGGACGUGUCAACAUUGUCAUCGAAAUCGGCGAAAGAGUAAUGGAGAUGACGGUGCCGCCUACGCAAGCUGUAAUCAUUUAUCACUUUCAAAAUAAAAAUGAAUGGACGCUUGAAGAACUCAGUAGCCUUAUCAAAGUCCCGCCUUCUGCACUAAGACGUCGCUUAAGUUUUUGGCAAAAUCACGGAUUGAUUUCGGAGACUGAGCCCGGUGUUUUCACUUUAUUAGAGGAGGAAUCCGAAAAAAUAGAGUUCGAAGAGAUGAAUAUAACAGAUGCGGACGAAGAGGAUUUGGAAUCCGCUAUGGCAUCUGCCAGUGAUCAAAGAGAAGAAGAAUUGCAAGUGUUUUGGUCGUAUAUUGUUGGCAUGCUAACAAACUUGGACUCAAUGCCAAUUGAUCGAAUUCAUCAGAUGCUCAAAUUAUUUGCUUCGCACAGCGGAGGAGUUGAAUUCACCCAGGAUGAGCUGAAACAUUUUCUGCAGCGAAAAGUCCGCGAGCAUAAGCUCUUAUUUUCUGGCGGAGUUUAUCAGUUGGCCAAAUAAAUCAUUUCAACUAGCUUUUCAAUCGAAUAUCUGCAGUAUUAUUUUAAACUCACCAUUAGAUUAAACGCUGUCAUUUCGAAAGUACAUAAAGACGCAUUUAAAUGAAUUCUAUGUUUUACAACGGAAUUUAUUAUAUGAAUACAUGAAUUUA